CACUGGCCCCGCGUCAUCAUACGAAGUGAGGCUUGGGUUUUGAAGAGAUCUUGUGAAAAAGCAUCUAGGCAACAAGCCGCACUAACUGCACACUACGCAAGAAUUGCGAAGCUGUCAUUGAGUUCUGUUCGUCUGUGUAGGGUUGAGCUUGCUUUUUACAUUAGCCAUCCACAGCUUCGCGGAGCUGUACACCAUCCAACCCAGCAAUGCUUCAACGCAGGUAGGAAAUGUCUCUGCUACAUUCCUCCACUCGUCGACCGGCUCCUCUCCAAGAUGAAGAUUACGAUCAUGAAAUCAAUCUCAUCGAUCAUACGAAACAAGACACUGCCCAACCGACUUCGCUCAAACGACUUUCCCGAAGUCGGUCUCCAAAUGGCACACACCUUACUCCAGAGAUCUCCGACUCCUCUUCUAGACGGCACAGCGAUGUACCAUUACGGAAACAUGCAACACCACAACAUCUGCGAAAGGAAUUGACACGAAGAAAAUACGCCAAAUACCAAGAUCGCGGCGUUGCAAACGUCUCAGAUGAUGAACAAGCUGAAGAUGCGGACGCGGAUCCAGAAGACCACAAUGAGGAGAAUGGGAACGCUGAUGAUGAAGGAUCCCGAGGUCGGGCACCUGAACGUCGAUGCAUAAAAGGACCCAAAGGCCACAAAGAACCGAAGUCUGCAAUAGACAUCCUAUACGAGAACCAGCGUGGUGGAUUCCUCUGUGGCAUGCCCUUGUUCUCUUCCAAAGCACUGGGGAAUCUCGAUCCGUCUCCAUGGACCAAUGUUGCCCAUAAGACUAGUCCCACGGAUAUCACAAAUGCUCAAGUUCCUGAUCCCUCAUGGGAAUGGGCUUGGAAGGAGUGGACCAUCAAUCACGAAAAUGAUGUCGAUAGUGAUGGAUGGGAAUAUUCCUUUGCGUUCUCAAAAAAAUUCUCAUGGCAUGGGCCGAAAUGGUGGAAUUCAUUUGUCAGACGUCGAGCAUGGAUUCGAAAACGCGUCAAGAAGCAUAGUGGUUAUGAGGGGAACAACGCACACAUGCUCAAUCCCGAUUAUUUCACCAUACAUUCUGCCCAGGAACGAAGUAGGAGCCGUGGAUCCAGCGUUCCCACCAGCGAACAGCACAGACUCAGCUUCUAUUCGAGGAACGAAGCCGAGGAAAAUAUUGUUCCAGAAGACAUUUCUGACAUUGGAGCAUUAAUGAAAGCUCUUCGGCAGGCUCGUAUUGAUCGAGAGAAGACUGAAGCUAUUGAGAGCUUCAUCGCGCACGGCGGGGACGACCUCUACUAUCUGAGAGACCACAUGCAUGAAAUCAUGCGCAUGUUCAUAUUCCAGGCUUCACGGCGCUCUCUCCUUACCCAUCUGCUGAGGAUCUUCAAUGAAGCGGCUGAGAAGCAGAAGGAGGUCAGCGAAGGGGAGAAGGACGUCGAUCCCGCCGUCAAGAGACGAUACGAUAACCUGGAAGCUGCUGUACAACAUGCAGACGAGGAGGUCAAACGUCUAGAAUUCUGGUCUGAUGUCAAGGACAUGGCGGAAAAGGGCGAGACGAAAGGUGCAGUAGACGAAUCUCAAGGAUGGGAUAGUCGUUGGACUGGACUUGAUGGAAGUGGACCAAAAGAGAUCUGGGGCCACAAGAUUGCUGGGCUCGAUGAUUGUGAUGAGCACGAAGGUAAUGGAACAGCCAAAGAGCCAAAGUCCGAUGAUGGGAAGGGAAAAGCAAAGGAAUAGCAUGUCAUGUCAGCAAGGCGUUUAGGAGAUACCUCAGCAUUGGCGCAUAGCGGGAAUUGGGACUUGGAUAAGCCUCAGUAUACGGAAAGCAUUAAUAUAUG